AUGGCGCCCAGUGGAGAUGUUUGGCUAUCAGAUUAUGACGUGUGUGCACGAGAAGCACAGGAAAUAAUUGAGAAGAUAAAUGAAAGAAACAGAUUGUUGCGGACUGGGUCAAGUCACUCUAAAAUUUCAGGAGAAAUACGCUUAGCCCUUCGACAGUUUUCAAGAUAUCUGAACAAUUUGAAACAGGAUCUCAUGAGAGCAUCUACGUCUUACCAUCUAACACAGAGAGAGUUUGACAGAAGGCAAGAUAUGCUAGACAACCUUAUAUCAAAAGAGAAACAGUUGAAUGAUGCUUUUUUAAAUGAUUCCCAUGGAAAUGCUGGAAGAACCAGUUUAUUGCACCAAGGACCUAGAGGUACUUCCUUCAACCCAUUUGACCAGGAAGAACCAGAGGACACAAGGACAAUGACAGUAACUGACAUUAGAAGUCAACAGCAACAGAUAAUCCAAGAACAGGAUCAAGGAUUGGAGGCUCUAUCGCAGGUCAUAUCCAGACAGAAACAAAUGGGUCAGCAUAUCGGAGAUGAACUAGAUGAACAUAAUGAAAUUAUUGAUGAUUUAACAAGUCACAUAGGUCGUACAGACCAAAGAUUAUUGAAGGAAACGAAGCACAUUAAAAAAGUGGAUAAGAAGAGUGGAAACUGUGCUAUGAUGGUGAUCAUCGUGCUGCUUCUAAUUGCCAUUGUCAUCGUUGCUGUUGUGCCUUUUCAUUGACUACUGGAUGGACAUGUUAUUCAUCAAUAUAUGGGCAGCUAUAACUAUAAACUGAGACAGGUAGAGCACAAUGUGAUACAGGUGUAGUCUAUGUUGUUACCGUUGGACAUGGGAUAUCAGAACUUUACAAUCGCCAUGCAUCCACGUUGUCUUUACAAAUUGCAUUUCUUACAUCCUAUCGAGCCCUAAUUACAAUAACUAUGUAUUAAAG